AUGUCUUCUGGUGAGGGUUCGGUUUCGGUUUCGGCUGAGGGAGACGGAGAGGAUGAAGAUGGGGAGGGAGUGGGUUUCUUGCUUGAGGCGAGGCGGAAGGGUGAUGCGGAGCGUGCCGGGGAGGUGGAUGAGAAGGCGCGCGAAAGCUGGGGGAUUGUAGCGGGGCGGAUUUGGUCUGGGUACCGGCGAUAUGAGGUCGUGGUGGGAGUGACUAGUGGAUGUCGUACCGGGACAUGUGCUGCGCUGAAAGAGGACUUUGAAGCGGCUGUUACUGAGGCCGCAGGCCCAGAGAGGAGCCGCGCCGACGGGGCGACUGCUGUCAAGGCUCUGAGCAUUGAUGUGGUUGAGGAUGAGACGCUUGACAGAAGCAAGUAG